CUACUGGAUCCAUAGCAAGUGAGUUUACAUCUUUACAGUUGAAGUUUGAAACAAAAAGACUAAAAAUCAACAAAAUGAGUGAGCGAAUAUUUGUAUUCAUCCUGUCUUGUUAAAAGCACAGUUACUGCCCAUCCUUAUUUUUAUUUCAUUUUUGUUUUUGUUUUUUGCUUCUUCAGAGCUUUACUCUUCUACAAGAACCCAGGCUUAAAAGCCCUGGGAUCUCGAUUCAGCACGGUACUCAAAACUCCCAAAAUGACUAGCCUUACUGCCAAGGACAAGGACACUGUCGAAGCCUUCUGAAAGAUUUCUCCCAAGGCAGCAGCCAUUGGAGCAGAUGCUCUUCACAGGAUGCUAGUGGUGUAACCACAAACCAAGACCUACUUUGCCCACUGGAAGGACCUGAACCCCGGAUCUGCGCCUGUGGCAAAGCAUGGAGCUACAGUGAUGGGUGAAGUUGCUGAAGCUGUGGCCAAAAUCGACAGUCUGACUACAGGUCUGCUCAACCUGAGCGAGCUGCAUGCCUUCACUCUGAGAGUGGAUCCUGCCAACUUCAAGGUUCUCGCCCACAACAUCCUUCUGGUUUUGGCCAUCAGCUUCCCCAACGACUUCACCCCUGAGGUCCAUGUGGCCAUGGAUAAGUUCCUGUCUGCCGUGGCUCUGGCUCUGUCCGAGAAGUACAGAUGAACACCUGGAGAGGAAGUGAAGCUACAUCAGUUCAUUCUUGAUGUGAUAAAUAAAUGCAUGAAAAUAAAAACCCUCAAAAAAUGGUUAUCUGGUUCUUUUUGCUCUGUGUGCAAAAUCCUUCAUGUCGGUUUGAAAAUUCACACAUUCAUAGUCAUAUCAGAUCAAAUGAAUUGUUAAUACUUGGUUUAGUCAGCCUUCAGAUCUGGAAAUUGGGAUAAAGACUGUAGAUUUGCAUUUAAAAUGUUUUGCAUCUUAUUUUUACAAUUAUGCCUAUGAACUGUUUGCAUUAAUGGUACACUGAAGGUGUUUGUCUGUGUAGUAUAGCACUGGACUCAAAUAAUAAAUGAAAACAUUACAAAAUUUC